AUCAGUAAACAACCACAAAGCUACCAGGCCACAAAGCUUGUAUUGGAACCCCAUUGAGUCAGUCACUCUCUGGACUCCUUCGUGUUCGCACGAGCUUCCAAUUUUGCUCUUUGCUCGCGAGAAAUAUUAAUAUUCUUUUGAGAAAUAUCGUGAGGUGCUGUUUUAAGUUCUCUAUCAGUGCUUUUUUUCUUGCUUAAAUCCAACAAAAAAGUGUAAAGUGGAAAUAGUGAAGGUUUUCAGUGGGUAAAAAUCCCCAAGAAAAAGAAAACGAUAUUUGGCAGUGAUCAUAUCUAUAGGGAUACCUGAAGCCCAAUGCCACCACAGAACACACUAGAGCUGGCAGAGAAUGGCGCCAAUGAUGCCCAGAAGGAGACCAAUGGGGCUUAUGUAUCCAAUGGCAAGGAACUCGUAAAGGCACCCAGUGAGGAUGUCCAGGAAGUGGCCACAGUUCCUGUGGUUGUUCCACCGGACGGUGGCUGGGGCUGGGUAGUGAUGAUGGCUUCCUUUUGCUGCAACAUCAUCGUUGAUGGUAUUAUCUUCAGUGCUGGAAGUCUCCUGAAGCCUGUCAAGGAGGAAUUUGAAGUAAGUGAUGCAGAAGUGGCUCUUGUGACAUCCCUUCUUAGUGGGUUCUACCUCAUGGUGGGCCCCUUUGUCAGUGCACUGGCCAAUCGAUGGGGCUUCAGGCCAGUCACAAUGAUGGGAGCUGUAAUUGCUGCUAUAGGAUUCAGUACAUCUUACUUUGCGUCCAACAUUGUCUUCCUCUACGUAACUUAUGGUAUCAUAGGAGGGAUUGGCUUUGGCCUCAUUUAUAUGCCAUCUGUAAUCACCGUGGGCUACUAUUUCGAGAGAUGGCGCGCCCUGGCCACUGGACUUUCCCUCUGUGGCUCGGGUAUUGGUACAUUCAUCUUUGCUCCGCUCACUGCUUACCUCAUCACCUCGCAGAGCUGGAGGAUCACUCUUGUCAUCCAAGGGGCUAUUAUUUUGCUAUGUGCUCUCUUUGCCAUCUGCUUCCGGCCCAUCAAACCAAUUCAGGUUCCUAUUGACCAAGUAGCUGCAUCUGAGAAGGAGAAACUCCAGCAGGAUGCUCUGGAGAAACGUCUUGGUGACUCUGUGCACAGUAGUGCUCAGAACACCUGGAUGGGCUCCAAUCGCAACACCAACUAUCCCACAGCUUCAGAAGUAUUCCGUGGUAGUGGACAGGAUCUCAAUGGUUCCACCAAGCGCUCCUCAGAAGACAGAGAGACGCAGGCUCCAUUAAUGCCUGCAGCUCUGGAGUUACGUCCAGUGGGAGAGACAGACGAGGCUGAUGAAAAUGGAGCUCUUCUGGAGGGAGAGACACGGCCGGUAAUUGUUCCAGCUAGACGUCAUACGGUAUCUGAGAGGGAGUCUAGUCGACCAGGAAGCAGGAGAGUAUCUACAACUGAUAACCCUAGGCCAUUGUACAGAGAUGACAUCUUCUUUAGUGGUUCUGUGACGAGAUUGCCACAGUAUCAAUCACAAACUUCCCUUGGCUAUCACAUGUCGGUGACAAGGCUUCCCACACAACAGGAUGUACGUGAAGAGAAGGAGAUGUCUUGCAGAUUGUGCCCACAGAUGGUCAAGCGAACACUCGCGACAAUGCUGGACAUUUCUCUGCUUAAGUCUCCGACAUUCUUGCUCCUGGCCCUAAGUGGUUUUCUUACCAUGAUGGGCUUCUUCAUCCCCUUCAUGUAUAUUGUCGCUCGAGCUGUGGCUCGAGGGAUGGACCAGCAAGUAGCUGUCUUCGUGCUUUCCUCAAUCGGCAUUUCAAAUACCGUUGCUAGGAUUGGAUGUGGCCUUAUCAGUUCAAUUAAAGGUGUCAGUUCUCUCCAUGUGAACAAUAUUGCCAUCAUCCUGGGAGGUGUUGGGACAAUUGUCAGUGGAUAUUCAAUGAGUGAAGCCUUCCAGUUCACUUAUGCUGCCGUCUUUGGAAUUGCAAUUGCCUGCUUCUCUGCUCUGCGUUCGAUUAUUGUGGUGGAUUUUCUGGGCUUGGAAAAACUAACAAAUGCCUUUGGAAUUCUGAUGCUCUUCCAGGGAAUUGCAGCUGCCAUUGGAUCUCCAAUUGCCGGAGCAUUUAUGGGUCUGACUCAGAGUCACGAUGCCGCCUUCUGGCUAUCUGGAGGUUUAAUGACCCUCUCAGCUUUGAUUAUUGUACCCCUGAACUACAUCAAGCGCUGGGAGGAUGCCCGAAAUGAAGCCAAAUCCUCAUCAAAGCCUUCAGCAUAGAGAGAUAAAUGUGAAAGCGAUGAUUUUUCCAUCGAGCCAACAAGAAUUUAGCCACUAUUCUGUGAUAUCAGCAUGAAAAUUUAUCAAAAUGGAUUUGUUGAUAUUUUCAAGAGAUAUUUGAGAGAAAAGAGCACCAUAUUACUAUUAAAGAAAAAUAAUGUUUAAAACUUAUUCUAGAAUAUUUUGUAAAUAUCUUUAGAAUUUUCAUUUUUUGUAUCUCUGUGUGUAAAUUAAUUGAAGACACGAUGUUAGAAUUUACUGUAAAGACUUUGUAGUGAAAUGUGCCUUAAUUUUAUAUAAAAAAAAUAGAAAAGAAAAAAAAUAUUCUAUAUAUUUUCUUGUGGAUAUUUUCCAAAAUAGGCAUUUAAAAAGAGGAAAGAUUUCCUAAAGCCAUUAAUUUUCAUUGGUGUAGUAAAAUUGCUGAAUUAGGUGUAAAUAUCAAGAUAGAAUUUUACGUAAUUUAACUGAAUCCCGUGAAAUAUGCAUACUCGUAAUAGUUGAUAUUUUUAGACGAGGCAGAGAAUUUUUGUUAAUCAACAUAGUUCAAUAAACUUUGUUAGACCAAUUAGUAAAA